UUCUUCAGCCUCCUAUCGCUUCCUCCAUUUCUCUCCACUGUCGUUUUUUUCCCUUCAAUCGACAAGAAAAAAAAAAGUUAUUGGCGAUCGAUCCUCCGUCUCUGAGAAAGUUAUCGUCUUUUGCUUCCAAUUCCCGAAAGUAGAACAUGGCCGACGGUGAGGACAUUCAACCCCUUGUUUGCGACAAUGGAACUGGAAUGGUCAAGGCUGGAUUUGCUGGGGAUGAUGCACCAAGGGCUGUGUUCCCUAGCAUUGUGGGCAGACCUCGUCAUACCGGAGUGAUGGUGGGAAUGGGGCAGAAGGAUGCUUAUGUCGGUGACGAAGCUCAAUCCAAGCGUGGUAUUUUAACCCUAAAAUACCCAAUUGAGCACGGGAUUGUCAGCAACUGGGACGAUAUGGAGAAGAUUUGGCACCACACUUUCUACAACGAGCUUCGUGUUGCUCCUGAAGAGCACCCCAUUCUUCUCACCGAAGCACCUCUAAACCCGAAAGCUAACCGUGAGAAGAUGACCCAGAUCAUGUUUGAGACUUUCAAUGCCCCGGCCAUGUAUGUGGCCAUUCAGGCCGUCCUUUCCCUUUAUGCCAGUGGUCGUACUACCGGUAUUGUCCUCGAUUCUGGAGAUGGUGUGAGCCACACCGUCCCUAUCUAUGAGGGGUAUGCACUUCCCCAUGCCAUCCUACGUCUCGACCUUGCGGGCCGUGACCUAACGGAUGCCCUGAUGAAGAUCCUAACAGAGCGUGGUUACUCAUUUACCACCACAGCCGAGCGUGAAAUCGUCAGAGACAUAAAGGAGAAGCUCUCCUACAUUGCCCUUGACUAUGAGCAGGAGCUCGAGACAUCCAAAACUAGCUCUGCUGUGGAGAAGAACUACGAGCUGCCCGAUGGGCAGGUGAUCACCAUCGGGUCUGAGAGGUUCCGCUGCCCGGAGGUUCUUUUCCAACCAUCUAUGAUCGGUAUGGAAGCUGCUGGUAUCCAUGAAACAACCUACAACUCCAUAAUGAAGUGUGACGUCGAUAUCAGAAAGGAUUUGUACGGUAACAUUGUGCUCAGUGGUGGAACCACUAUGUUCCCCGGAAUUGCUGACAGGAUGAGCAAAGAGAUCACUGCUUUGGCUCCGAGCAGCAUGAAGAUUAAGGUUGUUGCCCCGCCCGAGAGGAAAUACUCCGUCUGGAUUGGAGGGUCCAUCUUGGCCUCCCUCAGUACCUUCCAGCAGAUGUGGAUCGCGAAGGCCGAGUACGAUGAGUCUGGCCCGUCGAUUGUGCACCGGAAAUGCUUCUGAGCUCAAAGUUGAAACCUUUCCAGAGGAAGAAACGUUGAGGGUUUUCUAAUUAUCCGCUUCUGGGUUAAUCUUUUCGUUUCGCUGCUCGUUGUUUUUUGUUCUUCAUUAUCCUUGGAUUCCGACCAGAGACUUAAAAUCUUUUUGAAGAACUUGUCUGUUUGUAGUAUUACUAUUGAAAUCCUGGAUUGCUCCCUAUUGGCUGUUUAGUGAAUAAGAACUUCUCUUUUUUGGAAGAA